UGUCAACUUCUACCUUUAAAAAAAGCCGGCAGCAAUCCCAUUCGAAUCCAAUACACAAAUUAAGUACCUACCUACAAAGGAUACUAUUAAAUAUUUCUUUUAUAUUAAUAAUUAUUGAUUCAGAUCUAAAACAUGGGAGAAAUAAACUUGCUCAUUGAAGGACAAACAUUAAAGGCAAAAAAAGAUGUCCUUUGUGAAUAUAGUGACUAUUUUCGCGCUAUGUUUAGUGGCAGCUAUAUAGAAAAUGAACAAAAUGAAAUAAAAAUAGAUGUUUUGGAUGCCAGUUCCAUGCAGUUGAUAUUAAAAUACAUGGAAAUGGGCUUUAUAGACCUUUUUGAACACUCAUUGGCUACAAUCGGUGACUUGGCGGUAGCUGCUAACUUCUUACAAAUUACAGAACUUAUAAAACAAAUAGAGCACACCCUAGAUCUCCAACUAAAAGUAUCCAAUUGGAUGGAAAUCCAGUCUAUUGCCGAAAACUCUUCAUACACUACAUUGGAGCAGUUAUCUGCUGCAUUUGCACUAUUUACGUUUAAUAAUAUGAAGCCAGAAUAUAUAUCAUCAAUACAAAAGUUGUACUGGUACUUGUCUCACCCAUAUUUAGACACAGGAAGUGAGUUAGAAGUAUUUAAAUUUGGUUUUCAAUGGAUGUCACAAGCAACAGAAGGUUUAGACUCUAUUUUAUUACUACUUCUUUGUUGUUUAGAUCUAUCAAGAUUGACAAUGAAUGAUUUAAAAGAAAUUAGAACACUCAUCAUAGAGUAUGAAACAAGUCUUGCUGCAAAAAUGGUUGAUUGCCUUUUACAAGUCUCUAGUGGUGGUCACGAGUUAUCAACAUCUACAAUAUCAAAUCAGAAGACUGUACUUACCGAGAGUUUUACAGAAAGAGUGUACAAUGAAGUUAUGAAUUUAGUAAAAGACAGUAAACACAGAAAACUUAAGAUAACUCCCAUGGUUCCUGUUUGGAUAAUAAAAGACUCUAAACCAGGAUUAGUGCCUCAUGUCAUGUUCACAUAUUCUGAAGAGACGGGCUUCGAAAAAUGGUUGGAAGUUGCUGAAAAAAAUUUAUGGGGUUGGAAUGUUAUUGCUUGGGGUCUCACCAAAUUGGUGAUUGUUUGCGGAGAGUACGGAAGAGGUACAGAAAUGUUUUUCAGGGAUGUGAAGGUGUAUGAUACAUUGAAGAAUGAAUGGACUCGUCAUGGAGUCGAGUUACCUUCGAGAAGACAUGGAGGGGUGGCUGUUGUCGGAGACUCUUUAUAUAUUGUUGGAGGAGUAGGAGGGUUUAGGGUAGUGUUGGACACAGCUAUUGUUUAUGAUCUGAAAGAGAGGUCUUAUAGAAGGAUAGCUAAAUUCUUAGACACUAUACAAGCUCCGGCAGUUUGUGAUCACGAAAACAUGGUAUAUGCAGCAGGACACAAAAACAUAUACCGAUAUGAAGAUAAAGGUGAUACGGAUGGCUGGGUGAAUGUUGUCGCAACAGAAAUUAGGAUGAGUUGCAUGAUAUCAUUCAAGAAUUACAUCUACUGUACACAGAACUAUUUUAGUCAUCUGUACAGAUUUAGACCGGGAGUUGAUAACAAAUUAGAAUUAAUCAGCUAUUUUACUAAUCCUCCUGCAGCUAUUUGCAAUUUAGGAAAUCGUCUUUUAGUAUUUACUAGAACAAUGUGCGGGCAAUCUGACGUUCUGGCCGUAGAGCAGUACACGGGAGACGAUUUAGAAGAAAAGCCCAAGGUGCUUUGGUCUCAAUCUGACACAACAAUGAAGGUGAACGAUGUUGCUGGCUCAUGUUCCUUAGUUUUGAGCAUUCCUCCACUCUGCAAGGACAUACCGCCGUAUCAUAAAAGAUAUCUUGCCAGAUUCAACCACUAGAUUGAAUAAACGGUACAGAAUAAGCCUGUUUUUUUAA